AUCGCUCAUAGAGACUCCUCGGCCCAGCUACUGCGGAGCAAAACCCCGACAUUAACCACGUUUGUAUCCCGCUAAAGCCCGCGUUUGUUUUACUUUUCCACCUGGACGUAAACGUAACACCAUUUCCGCGUGUAAUCCGCCAUUUCAGCCGACAUUGCGAGCUUAAAUAACAUUAAAAACAAAAAAAAAAACAGAAAAAAAACGCGUCCUGGUUGCUGUAGCCAGAGCUAAAGUGGAGCUAACGGCUGUUUUUGACAGUUUUUGGGGGGGGAAAUGGAAGAAACAUCACCUCACAGGCGCGGGUAAAUGAGUGUAAGCGGCGUUUUUGGGGUGUUUUGUGUGCACUGAGGGGGUUUGGGUCUUACCUGCAGGAGAGCCACGUAACCUGCCGGGCUGCGUGACGUCACUGGUCUGUCUGCUGACGUCACUGGUCUCACCUGAAGCCUGAGUGACAGCUGGGAGUGAUGACAGCGUGAACAUGAGCUGAGGAUGAAGCGGGUUCUCUGGCUCCUCUCAGGACUCAACAGGAGAAUCAUGAAGAUGCUGUUCGCCCUCGCCCUGGUCGCUUAUAUCGCCUCUGUUUGGGGAACAUAUACAAACAUGAGAUCCCUGCAGGAACCUGGAGAUAUGAAGAUCGAGCAGAAAAUUGAUGAAGCCCUGGGUCCCCUCAGAGAGAAGAUUCAUGACCUGGAACAAAGUUUUUCCCAGAAAUACCCGCCAGUGAAGUUCCUCUCAGAAAAGGAUCGAAAGAGGAUUCUGAUCACCGGAGGGGCCGGCUUCGUGGGCUCCCACCUAACCGACAAACUGAUGAUGGACGGCCACGAGGUGACGGUGGUCGACAACUUCUUCACAGGGAGGAAGAGAAACGUGGAGCACUGGAUCGGACAUGAAAACUUUGAACUCAUCAACCACGACGUGGUGGAGCCGCUUUACAUCGAAGUGGACCAGAUCUACCACCUGGCGUCUCCCGCCUCGCCGCCCAACUACAUGUACAACCCCAUCAAAACUCUGAAGACCAACACGAUCGGCACGCUGAACAUGCUGGGACUCGCCAAACGCGUGGGAGCACGACUUCUCCUGGCUUCCACUUCAGAGGUUUAUGGAGAUCCGGAGGUGCACCCCCAAAAUGAGGAUUACUGGGGCCACGUGAACCCCAUCGGCCCUCGGGCCUGUUACGACGAGGGGAAACGCGUCGCAGAGACGAUGUGUUACGCCUACAUGAAGCAGGAAGGAGUGGAGGUCCGGGUGGCGAGGAUCUUCAACACCUUCGGCUCCCGAAUGCACAUGAACGACGGACGAGUCGUCAGUAACUUCAUCCUGCAGGCUCUUCAAGGAGAACCGCUCACUGUGUACGGUACUGGUUCCCAGACGAGAGCCUUCCAGUAUGUCAGCGACCUGGUCAACGGUCUCGUGUUGUUGAUGAACAGCAACAUCAGCAGUCCCGUCAACCUGGGAAACCCGGAAGAACACACCAUUCUGGAGUUUGCUCAGCUCAUCAAGAGUCUCGUUGUGAGUCGUAGCCAGAUCCAGUUCCUGUCGGAGGCUCAGGACGACCCGCAGCGGAGGAGACCCGACAUCCGCAAGGCCAAGAUGCUGCUGGGCUGGGAACCCGUGGUUCCCCUGGAGGAAGGCCUGAACAAAACCAUCCAGUACUUCAGCAGGGAGCUGGAGCACCAGGCCAACAACCAGUACAUCCCCAAACCCAAAGCUGCCCGCAUGAAGAAAGGCCGACCCCGACACAACUGAGGCCCGGCGUCGCUCCUCACACUCCUCUGAAAACAGAGAAGAAGAAAAACCAACAAAACACUGACAUAACCUGCUGUGAGUCGUGCACUUUUGGAACGGCGUCCUUUUUUUUUUUUUUUUGUUUUUUGAGAAGCAGAGACGAGUUUGUGUCGCAGAAACUCCCGUUGCCUUGCGUUGGAGUCGCGGCGGCGACGCCAGCGGGAACUUCCCGCUCCGGAGCUGCUGCGGCUGAUUGGACGAGCCUUAAAGACGGAGAACACGGAAACCCCGCCUCCUUUUUUCUCUGCGAUCUUCUGCUUUUUCGAUGUUGAAUCCACCGCCUUUCUGCACGCAGCUCAGCCUCCGUUUGGCCCGGCGUGUUUCGCUCGGGGACGAGCCGCGGCGGCGGCGCUAGCGGCGGCGGACGCCCCGGUCCGCGCCAGGACUUCAGAGAAAAGACUGACCCGGCGUCAUCGUCGGCUCUUCAGGACGUCACCGCAUUCGUGAAGCUUCUCGUCCAGAUGUGCGUCAUCAUUUUGAUGUGAAAAUGCUAUUUUGAUAAAAUAUUUCCAAUAGUUUGUGUAUAAUAUUGAAAGUUGAGAAUAUACUUAUGUCGUUAAGUGCAAUUUAAACAACAAAAAAAGAGAGAAAAAAAAACAUAUUCAGGAUGCAGAGGCAGGAAAGAGAGCAACAUCUUUAUUUACAACCAAAUGUUGAAGAAGGACACGUCUGUGUUAUGCAAUUCUUUUAUUUACCGGAUGAAAGCGACAGCUGGAGAGUAUGAGAGUAUUAGGGCCAGGCAGGAGAAGAAUAAAGAUCAUAUUUUAGAGGGGGAAGAUUUUUUUUUUCAUUAUGCACUUCGAGAAAAAAGUUGAAAUGAUAAGAAAAAAGGCGAAAUUUCGACUUUUUUCUCAAAAUUGUAUUUCAACAUUAAUCUCAACAUUUCUACUUUUUUCUCGACAUUUCAACUUUAUUCACAAAAUUUUGACUUUUUUCUUCAACAUUUCGCCUUUUUUCGUCUAAAUUUGGACUUUUUUCUCGAAAUUUUGACUUUUUUCUCGAAAUUGUAUUUCAACAUU